AUCUGGCUAUUGCUCACAUAGGUCAGCGCGAUUAUGAUGUUAAGCUCUUUUAGUGCUUAUGGUACAAGUCAGACUAGACCACCUCUUAUAAGAUGGUUGGGUAUGCGCAAAUACGCCUCGUGGUUUUCAAACGUCAAAACCGAGCAAACAUUUCGCACAAAAUACACUCAUGGAAGACUCGAAGAUGGAAAGUUUUGAUCUUGUCAUUGUAGGGGCAGGCAUACAUGGCUUGAACAUGCUGAAGACCUAUCGCGAUGUUCAUCCCAGCGCGUCGAUUUUGGUACUGGACAAAGGGAGUUCAAUAGGCGGAGUGUGGGCGAAGGACAGGCUAUAUCCAGGUCUUCAUACAAACAACCAUUUCCAGACAUUCGAGUUCAGCGACUACCCUAUGAACACAGAAGGAUUCAACCUUGCCAACGACCAUAUUCCAGGGGAACACGUUAAUGAAUACCUCCACAAAUACGCUGAGAAAUUCGGUUUGAUGAAACACAUUCGCUUCCAAUGUAGCGUCGAGUCGGCGAUCGAUUGCGGAUCUUCAGGCUGGGUACUUACAGUAGUGGAAGACACGAACCCAGGAACUCGCGAAUUCCAACUCAAGGCCUCAAAGCUAAUAGUGGCGACGGGACUUACCUCAGAGCCAUUCGUACCCAAACUGGAAAACAGUGAGACUUUCGAUGCCCCGAUAUAUCACUCCAGCGAGUUUGCAAGAGCGGAAAAUGGACUUGGGUCUUUCAAAGAAGUGGUGCUCCUGAGUGGUGCCAAGUUUUCGUGGGAUAUCGCCUGCGCAUACGCAUCAGCUGGUAUAAAAGUCAAUUGGAUCAUCCGCGAAUCUGGACACGGGCCGUGCUGGAUGAUGCCAAAUAGGCUUACACCUCUUAAGAUCAUACCCGAAUUAUUGUUGCAAACACGACUUAUCACCUGGCUCAGCCCCUGUAUCUGGGAGGAUGGUUUCUCACGCAUUCGAAGUUUUUUCCACCAGCACUGGCUUGGGCGGAAAAUCGUAGAUACGUUUUUCGCGAAGAUGCAACAUAGUGCGGAAGAAAUCAACGAUUACAGUGGCCAUCCGGAAACCGCGAAACUCAAGCCCUGGGACGACGUCUUCUUCAUCGGGACGAACCGAGGGUUACUCAACUACCGUGUGGACUUCUUCGAGUUUGUCAGGAACGGUACAAUCAAGGUGCAUAUUGCAGAUAUCACACACCUUUCACACCACACAGUACACCUCUCGAAUGGCGAUACACUACCCGCUGAUGUUCUCAUAUGUGGCACGGGCUGGAAAGACACUCCACAACUCAACUUUGUGACUAAAAAGGAACUGGGACUUCCGGGCCAAACCUCAGGAUCCUUACAGGAUCACAUCCUGCGAGCCGAAAGCGAGAUCUUCGAGAAUUGCCCGAAACUCAAACAACAGCCGCCACCCCGACAUUCCAAGCCGAUGUCCACUAUCAAGAAAGAAACGAUCCCUGAGCCGUACCGCUUGUAUCGCUUCAUGGUGCCUCCUGCAUUCAUAUCAACCAAAACGCUCGCAUUUGCCGGCACAUAUCGAAGUCCUGCAACGACUAUCAUCGCUCAGGCACAAGCACUUUGGAUCACAGCCUUUUUUGACGACCGGAUAUCUAGCCUCCAAGCUACUACGCAAGACCUUACUGAACGGAUCAACUACGAAACGGUUCUCCAUACACAGUUUGGCAAAUGGCGAUACAGUAGAGGAUUUGGUGCGCGAUUCCCCGAGCUAUGGUUCGAUUGCUUGCCAUAUGUGGAUCUCAUGCUGAAGGACGUCGGAGUGCAGAACGAGAGGAAGAAAAGCUGGUGGGCUGAGCGGUUUACGCCUUAUAUGCCCCCGGACUACGCUGGCAUAGUUGAAGAGUAUGUUACCUUGAAACGCAUAUAAGAUCGACGAGUCAUCAAAAGCGGGCAGGGAUUGCUGCUGUUGACAAAGAGAAACUGUUCUUUGCCUUUUCACAUACUGGUGUGGCGAACGAGGGCAGCUGUUGUCUCACGUUGGAGAGGGAAAUGGUCUGAUUGGUUGUAUGGCUAUAAUCGCCUAACUGGAAGAAGCAGGUGCUGAUGUCUUGGGAUGCUUCCCGUCUUCUCGAUCAAUGAAUCUUACUGCAUGC